AUAUAUUCUACAUUAUUAUUCCGAUGUUGGAAUACAGACCUGAGAACUUUACUAGUGAAGAAUUUAGAUUAACUGGGAGUCUUUUUUGCAGUUGCGGAGUCCCGUUCACCAACAGGCAUAGAAAUGUACCAUGUUAUCACGUCUUUUGUCAAAACUGUAUAAAUAAUGUGGAAUCUCAAAAUAAGUGUAAAAUGUGUGAUUCCAUAGUAGAAAAAGUAGAGGAAUUACACCCAAACGAGGAUAUAUUUGUUUGCACAGUUCAAAGGUGUAACCAGGCAUUUCUUAAUUUUCCAAGCCUCAAGGCUCACGCUAAAUUAUCGCACUCGGUCUCAGUCGACACCGUUGAUGAUUUUUAUGAAAAGUUUGGAGAUGUUGAAUAUUCAAUACCAAAAACACAAUUGUUAACUAAGGACAAACAUGGAUUUAAGACGGUUUCCACUCAGAAUCUGGAAUCUUCACAAUCACCCAUGAAGUUUGGGAAUCAGGAUUCCAGUACCGGAAAGUCAGAAAAGUCACCGAAAAAGAAUACUAAGUCAAAUUUGAAGGAAGACGAUUUCGAAUCAUUAAUGUAACAUAAUUUUAACUAAUUUCAGUGUGUUUUUUAAUUUUUUAAUUUUAAA